AUGAGUGACGUUAUAAAACUUGAUGCUCUACCCGCUGUUUUCUUUGUCGCUCUUAAGGAAGUUAUUAAAGAUUUGCACACAAGCUUAGAAGUGAAUGUUGUCAAUAACCACAGCACUUUAUCACUUUGUCAGCCCGAAUUUUUUACGACUAGUAAUGUUAAUGAUUUAAUGACAGAUGAUGUUGUUCCUUCAGAAAGAGCUAACGUACAAAUUUCAGGAAUGCUUGCAUCAAGAGGCAUACUGUCAUUUAAAAUACAAGGAAAAAUUUUUUUUCAUUACCUUGUAAUUACAUGGGCUGUCAAAACUGUCAUGAAGAAAGGAAGGAAUUCAAUAACCGUCUCCAUAAUGGAUAAUAAACCAGAAAGGAAAAGUAGACUUGAAUUAUACAACAACUUACAUAAAAAAAAUGAUAGAAAAUAUCCCGGAGACAACAUUAAUUUUAUGGACUCGCAUUAUCUUAUAUCUGGGGGCAUUACUGACGGGUAA